GACAACUUACAAAACAAUCAACACUCAAAGUACAUAACAAACCCCGUUUGAAGACCGCAACAAUGUCUAUUGUUCAGCCUCAGGAAUACCAGACCGUUGACGACGUGCCGUACCAGCGAGGCCGUCCUCUCCCAACCGUCACCCCGGUCUUCCAGAACAAGCUGCCCAACUCGCCCGGAAAGACAUCGGUCGGGCUCCUCGUCGACUUCCCUCCCAACUCGUCGACGCCUCCUCACACGCACGGCGGCGCGGCCAUCUCCGUCUACGUCAUCAAGGGCACCGUGCUCAACAAGAUGAACGAUGGGCCGACGCGCGUGAUCCCGGCGGGCGGCACCUGGUUCGAGGCCCCGGGCUGCCACCACCGGACCAGCGACAACUUCAGCACCACGGAGCCGGCGCAGAUCCUGGCGACGAUGGUGAUUGACACCAAGGUUGUGGAGGAGGGCGGUAUGGCUGCUUUGGUUGUCUUGGAUCCGGAGUAUGCCGAUAUCAGACUUGGUUAGGUUGGUAGAUGGCGAUGAAGAAAUGGGGAGGCUCGGAUUUCCGUCAGUAAACGCGGCAUCUCGGGUAUAGAUGGUACAUGUAUCCUGAUAUCAGACUUGCAUGGUUAUGUGGAUAGGUGGCAAUGAAGAAAAGGGCAAGGAAGCUCGGAUUUCUGUUAGCAGACAGGGCAUAUCUCGUCAGGAAAGAAAAUGAACAUGAAAAAAUUGAUAAUAACGAA